AUGGGUAGGAUUCCAAAUAAAAUUUGUCUAACAUCGGAUGUUUGGACAGCAUCUACUAGUGAAGGUUAUAUCUGUUUGAUUGCCCACUUUGUUGAUGAAAAUUGGAAGUUAGUUAGUUGUCUUCUUAACUUUCUUCGAAUGAAGCCUCCCCUCACGGGUAUUGCAUUGGAAGCUACUUUAUUUGAUUGCUUAAAACAAUGGGGAAUAGAUAAGAAAAUAUUUACUAUUACUUUGGAUAAUGCCUCUGCCAAUGACAACAUGCAAGACCAUUUGAAAACUCAUCUUCGAGUGCCGGGCAAUUUGAUGUGUAAUGGUGAAUUUUUUCAUAUCCGGUGUUCGGCUCAUGUACUCAACUUAAUUGUCCAAGAGGGUUUAAAAAUUGCUAGUGAAGCCCUCCAUAAAAUUAGAGAGAGUGUCAAGUAUAUUAAAGGAUCUGAUGGAAGGAUGCUUAAGUUUAAAGAUUGUGUCGAGGAUGCAGGGAUAAAUGUUGGCAGUGGUUUAAGAUAUGAUGUAUCUACUAGAUGGAAUAGCACUUAUUUGAUGCUCGAAAGUGCCUUACAAUAUAGAAAAGCUUUUGAGUUUUAUAAGGUGGCAGAUAGAAGCUAUAGAUACUGUCCAUCUGAGGAGGAAUGGGAAAGGGGAGAAAGAAUUUGUGAGUUCUUAGAACCGUUUUACGAUAUCACAAAUUUGAUUUCUGGUUCAACUUAUCCAACAGCAAACCUGUAUUUCAUGCAAGUGUGGAAAGUACAAUGCAUUUUAGAAAAACAUCAAAAAAGUAUUGAUAAGGUGAUAAAGGAUAUGUCUGAUAAGAUGAAAGUUAAAUUUGAAAAAUAUUGGAAAAAUUAUAGUGUCGUGCUAGCAUUUGGAGCAAUUCUUGAUCCCCGCUUGAAGGAGAAGUUUUUGAAGUUUUGCUACAGUACACUUGAUGCGUCAACAUCUAAAGAGAAACUUGAGUAG